GUUCCGUAUACAUACACGUUCCGCAUAUAAAUCAUCAGAAACCUACCGGUAAACCUUCAUAAAAAUCGUAAUUUCUUCGUUUUGCAAAGCUGACAUUAUUCCCGUUUUGAAGCAGACAGUAACCAACAUGUCAAGGAUUCCAGGUGGUACAGUUGUUGAGGCCAAGGGAGAUGAAAUGACCAGGAUUUUCUGGGAGACAAUUAAGGAGAAGUUGAUAUUUCCUUACGUCGACUUGGACGUCCAGAGCUACGAUCUGAGUAUUCAGAACAGAGACGCAACAGAUGAUAAAGUGACCACCGAUUGUGCUGACGCAAUAAAAAAGUACAGCGUUGGAAUAAAAUGUGCAACGAUAACACCGGACGAGAAGAGGGUGACUGAGUUCAACCUGAAGAAGAUGUGGAAGUCGCCCAAUGGGACGAUCCGUAACAUCCUUGGUGGGACAGUGUUCAGAGAGGCCAUCAUUUGUAAAAACAUUCCACGGUUGGUUGUCGGUUGGAAUAAACCCAUCGUGAUUGGACGUCAUGCACACGCCGAUCAGUACAAAGCCACAGACUUUGUGGUCCCAGGCUGCGGAAAACUAGAGAUGAAAUUCACCCCCAGUGAGGAAGGAGGAGAGGUCAUGAACUUUACAGUGUACGACUUCAAAGAUGGCGGCGGCGUUGCCAUGGGAAUGUUCAACACAGAUAAAUCCAUCCGAGACUUUGCGGUGUGCUGUAUGAACUAUGCAAUAGAAAGGAAGUAUCCACUUUACCUCAGUACCAAAAACACAAUCCUGAAAAAGUACGACGGACGUUUUAAAGACAUCUUCCAAGAAGUAUACGAAAGUGACUACAAAUCAAAGUUUGAAGCUGCUGGGAUUUGGUACGAACAUCGGCUCAUUGAUGACAUGGUGGCAUUUGCCAUGAAGUCAGAGGGGGGUUUCAUGUGGGCAUGCAAGAACUAUGAUGGGGAUGUGCAGUCUGACAGUGUAGCACAAGGUUAUGGUUCGUUGGGUAUGAUGACCAGUGUCUUAGUUUGCCCUGACGGUAAGACGGUAGAGUCAGAAGCUGCACAUGGUACAGUCACAAGGCACUACAGACUGCACCAGAAAGGGGAAGAAACUUCUACCAACUCAGUCGCGUCCAUCUUUGCGUGGACAUGUGGGCUUGCUCAUCGCGCAAAGCUAGAUGGAAACACCGCCCUCGCUAAGUUUGUGAAGGAGCUAGAAUCUGCGUGCGUUGACACCAUCGAGGCGGGUUUCAUGACCAAGGACCUGGCUAUCUGCGUAAAGGGACUCAAAAAUGUCAAAAGAGCCGACUAUCUAAACACAUUUGAGUUUAUCGACAAAGUGGCAGAGUUCUUGGUAGCAAAAGUUCAGAGCCGUCUGUAGCUGAGGUCAAAGGAUCAAAGGUCAGAUGUCAACCAAACAAUAUUUGAUGAACUCGCUUACGAACUUGGUUAACUUAAUUUUUACAGUGAUAUUAGUGUUUCUUCAGGGGUUAUUAAUUAGGCAAAGAACAAAUUUUUAUUGCAAAUUUUAUCAAAAGAGUAUACAAAAAAGUUUUAUUUAACAGUUUAAUUAGAUGGUGAAGAUAGUACAAUUAUUUUUGUACAAUUUAGUUUUUUCUCAUUGGCCAAAAGUCACUCAUAUAGUUGCCAAACUACAGGAUUUCCCGUAGAACACACAAUCACUGUUAGCGUCAAACUACGGAAAAACAUAAAAAUGAACAAGACGUGAAGUGUCUUUUUUUUGGAUAUUCUCAUUCUGUAAAAAUUGUUGAAGUUAUUUUGCUAUAUAACAUAAUCUUUGUAUGUUUUUAUACACUUCCUUCUGAUGGUGCUUGGCAAGUGUGUAGGUGCAAA